AUGACCGUCGCAUCUCAGACCAGUGUCCCCGACCGGCAUACAUUUUACGCUGGAAAAUCACAACCUUCAUCAACCUCAUCAGGAUCCUUCCAAUCCGUCGAUCCAUCAACCGCAAAACCCGUAUGCACCAUUCACACAUCAUCUCCAUCAUCCAUCGAUGCUGCCAUCUCAGCAGCUCGAGCCGCAUUCCCCACGUGGUCCAGCACACCGCCCAUCGAACGGUCAAGGAUCCUACUAAAAGCCGUCUCUCUUCUACGAGCUCGAAAUGACGAACUCGCCAAAAUCGAGACUCUCGACACCGGCAAGGCGUUUUCCGAAACAUCGACUGUCGACAUCGUCACAGGAGCCGACGUGCUUGAGUACUUUGCAAACUUGAUCGCAUCCGGUGGCCUGAAUGGUGAAUCUUUCCGCCUGAGAGACUCUGCAUGGGUCUACACGUCGAAAGAGCCACUCGGCGUGUGUGCGGGAAUCGGGGCGUGGAAUUAUCCGAUUCAAAUCGCCCUGUGGAAGUCGGCCCCUUGCCUGGCCGCGGGAAACACCAUGGUCUACAAGCCAUCGGAAGUCACUCCACUGCACGCGCAAUUCCUGGCCCAGAUCUACAAAGAAGCCGGCGUGCCCGACGGAACCUUCAACGUCGUCUACGGCGCCGGUGACGUCGGCGGUUAUCUCACCAAGCACCCGGGCAUCGCCAAGGUCAGCUUCACCGGCCAGGUCGCCACAGGCAGAAAGGUGGCGGGCUCUGCGGCCGGCGAGAUGAAAUACGUGACGAUGGAACUCGGCGGCAAGAGUCCCGUCAUCGUCCUCCCGGACGCCGACGUCGACCAAGCCGCCGACGGAGCCCUGCUGGCCAAUUUCUUCAGCUCCGGCCAGGUCUGCACGAACGGCACGCGCGUCUUCGUCCCGGAGAAACUCAAGGCCGCAUUUGAGAAGAAAGUCCUCGAGAAGAUGGCGUUCGUCAAGGCCGGCGACCUGGCCGACCCGACCACCAACUUCGGCCCGCUGGUGAGCAAGGUCCACCACGAGAAGGUCCUGGGCUACAUCCGCCGCGGCAUCGAGAACGACAGGGCCACGCUCCUCUGCGGCGGGCCCGAGAAGCCGGAGAACCUCCCCACCCACCUCCAGAACGGGUUCUGGGUCAAACCCACCGUCUUCACCGACUGCACCGACGACAUGGAGAUCGUCAAGGAGGAGAUCUUCGGCCCCGUCAUGUCCGUCCUGACCUACCGCUCCAUCGAGGAAGUCGUGCAGCGCGCCAACAAUACUGACCUCGGCCUCGCCGCGGGUGUGUUCGGUACCGACAUCAACGAGUGCCAUCGUGUCAUCAAGCAGCUCGAGGCCGGCAUCACUUGGAUCAACACCUGGGGUGAAAGCCCGGCAGAGAUGGCCGUCGGUGGCUGGAAGCAGAGCGGGGUGGGUGUCGAGAACGGUCGCCGCGGCCUCGAGGCUUGGUUGCGCAAUAAAAGUACUUUGGUUGAGAUGGGUGGCGCUGUUCCAACCGUUUUUGCGAAAUUGUAA